AUGGCGGCGCCCAGCGGAAGGAGGAACGGCGGCGGCGGCGCGAGCUUGUGGGCUGCGCUGCUCCUGGCGGCCGUGGCGCUGAGGCCGGCGGAGGCGGUGUCCGAGCCCACGACGGUGGCGUUUGACGUGCGGCCCGGCGGCGUCGUACACACCUUCUCCCAGAACGUGGGCCCUGGGGACAAAUAUACUUGUGUAUUCACCUAUGCUUCUCAAGGAGGGACCAAUGAGAAGUGGCAGAUGAGCCUGGGGACCAGCGAAGACCAGCAGCACUUCACCUGCACCAUCUGGAGGCCCCAGGGCAAGUCCUACCUGUACUUCACUCAGUUCAAGGCAGAGGUGCGGGGUGCCGAGAUCGAGUACGGCAUGGCCUAUUCUAAAGCUGCGUUUGAAAAAGAGAAUGACGUUCCCCUGAAAAAUGAGGAAUUUGAAGUGACCAAAACAGCAGUGUCCCACAGGCCCGGGGCGUUCAAGGCUGAGCUGUCCAAGCUGGUGAUCGUGGCCAAGGCGUCACGCAGUGAGCUGUGA